AUGGCAUGCUCUACAGAUUGGGCAGAUUGGAAGGAUGUGAUCCAAAAUAGUAUCACCCGUACUCUAAACUCUCCCCGAGGAUUUAAAUACUCGAAACUUCGUGAGGACAAGAUUGAAAGUGUUAUCAACCGUUCUCAAGAUGCUUUUUCCGGCAAAUGGAAUGUGGUAUAUCUUCGGAGAAUUGCAUUCGUUUAUAAUGAUAAUAUAUUAACGCAAGAAGAAAAAGAUGAUGCUAUAUUGAGUUUGACAAUGCUUAAAGACCGAGAUAAUUUAUUAUAUGGAAAAGAUGUCACGUAUAGGUGUGAUAUAUGUGAUAGGUCAGGAUAUAUGAUAGUUUGGUGCCAACAUUGCGUCGUGGAUUUUCUACAGGAUGAGACAACUAAAUGGACAUCAAUGGACAAGCAUAUAGACCGUCAAAUUCUUCUUGCUCAAACGAGAGCACCGAUACCUGAUGCUAUUCCCGAAUGGAUUCCUUACGAACUAUUAAGAGAUGUCGAUUAUCUAACUCAAGGUGGAUACGCCUCCGUUUAUACUGCAACAUAUAUGAGAGGACUGUAUGCUAGAUGGAGGAAAACGACGAGAACGUUGUCACGAGGAUUGACACACUUUAAGGUUGUUCUGAAGAAGUUGAAUUGGAACCAUCCAGAAAAUGAUUUCAAGAAUGAGCUUGAAAAGCACCUCUAUGUCUCCAGUGUUUGUGAUGCGAUAGUGCGUUGUUAUGGUGUUACACGUGAUCCCAUUACUAAAGAUUAUAUGCUGGUGUUAAAUCGGAUGAAAUGCGAUUUGCGUGAAUAUAUCGAACAAGUACAUGAUAAAGCCUUGCAACUUGAAAUUUUUAGAGGAACUCGCCCAAUAUUGUCGGAUGCAACUCCAAAAGCUUUCACGGAAAUAAUACGACGCUGUUGGGAUGCAGAUCCUAAUAAAAGACCCAAAGCAGUUGGCAUUGCUAAUUAUUUUUCUAAAAUUAAAAUAAAAGGCGGUUUUGUAUUUCAAAAUGCUACUACAGAAGUGGGCAGUGAGAUUUCUACUAUAACUAGUGGGAUUUCAACUACAAAAUUAGCGUCUUUAUAUGACACAGGCGAUUCCUCUGGUGAUUCUUGUGCUAUCAAUUUUUCAAUUGAUAUAUGA